AUUGUACCCAUACAGAUACAGAUAAUACUACCGGACAUACAAGGACAUAGAUACAACACUUCACCUCCAAAACCUCAAAAACCAACCCCAGCAACAUUCUAGGGUUUACAAAUCAAAAACCCUCAAGAAAACGCUAAUCAACCAUGUCCGGUUUCCUGUCAACUGCACCAAACUUAGCCUUAUCUCCCUUCCCUAAACGAACCAGACCCACAAACCCACUCCUCUACCGAACCCACCACCUGGGUUUCCCUAACCAGAGCCCUUUCCUGCGUGGCACACUGGGCGUGGCCAGGUUCGGAUUCGGGCAGGUCCAAUUACCCGACCCGGAUGGCGCGGAGGGCCUGAUUAAGGACCUGUUUGGGAGGGCAGAAGGGUUUCUUUAUACGGUUGCCGAUGCCGCGGUUUCCUCAAAUUCGGAUGCGGUUACGGGUACCAAACAGAGUGGUGAUUGGUUAUCUGGGAUUACUUAUUACAUGGAGAGUGUUUUAAAGGUUUUGAAGGGUGGGUUAUCUGCUGUACAUUUUCCAUAUGCUUAUGGAUUUGCAAUCAUUCUCCUAACUGUAAUCGUUAAGGCUGCCACCUUUCCUUUAACAAAGAAACAGAUUGAAUCGACGAUGGCAAUGCGAUCACUACAACCUCAAAUAAAAGCUAUUCAGCAACGGUACGCUGGAGACCAGGAGAGGAUUCAGCUAGAAACUGCUCGCUUGUAUAAACUAGCUGGUGUCAAUCCAUUGGCAGGGUGCCUGCCAACUCUAGCCACCAUACCCGUCUGGAUUGGCCUUUAUAGAGCCCUUUCGAAUGUGGCUGAUGAGGGGCUCCUGAAUGAAGGCUUCUUCUGGAUACCCUCCUUGGCUGGUCCAACUACAAUUGCUGCUCGACAAAAUGGCAGUGCUAUCUCUUGGCUUUUUCCUUUUGUAGAUGGUCAUCCUCCGCUUGGAUGGUCUGAUACCUUUGCAUAUCUUGUCCUGCCUGUGCUGCUGGUUCUGUCACAAUACAUCUCUGUCCAAAUCAUGCAGUCAUCACAGGCUAAUGAUCCAAGCUUGAAGAGUUCUCAAGCCAUAACAAAAUUUCUGCCGUUACUGAUCGGUUAUUUUGCUCUUUCAGUUCCUUCGGGUCUAAGCCUGUAUUGGCUCACAAAUAACAUACUGAGCACCACACAACAGGUUUGGCUUCAAAAUUCGGGGGGUGUAAAAAAUACAGUGAGUAAACUUAGUGAUUCUGUCCUUAAAGAGGAGCCAUCACAAGUUCAGACGUCCAUUUUUGAAACCACCACAACCAAAAAGGAACCUCGAGCAGAGACGUUGGUUCCACAGGGCCCCCGUCCUGGCGAAAGAUUUAAGCAGAUAAAGGAGCAAGAAGAAAGGAGAAAACGGCAGAGAGAGGAAGAGAAGAGGAAAGCUGAAGAGGCAGCAGUUAAUGCCACUCAAACAAAUGGGGCAUAUGAGAAAGAAACUAAUUUACCUCGGACGGAAAGUGGAAAUGAAGCCGAGUCAAGUUUUUCUAGUAAUGGAAGCGGUGAUUCUCUGACGGGGAUUACCAAUUCAUCCAGCACUGGAAAUGGUGUUGUGAAUGGUGAUCUUUCUAUGUUGGACACAAAAGAAGCAGAAAGCAGCGAACAUUCUUCUAACUCCGAGGAUGGGAGAGGUGAUCAAAGUCUUAAUGGGAAUCCAGAGAAGGAAGAAGCUGUUGCUGCCAUGGGUAAAGCAGAUAACAAACUUUCUGGCGAAGAUAUGCUUCAGGACAGAAGUGAGUGAACGACGGAAACUGAAGCCGACUCGGCGAACCACAGUAUUGGUAUAUGAUAUUCAAGUGUCGGGGAGAUUUUCUGGUAUAUUUAACUCUCACACCAGUUAGUUAUAAGCGUACACAAGCAACUUGACACUGUCCCUUGCAACAGCAAAAACAUCGAAUCAACUUUGGAUGAUCAGCAAACGGUUCCAAUGGAGCGUUGUUUGUUUCCUUAGUGUGAUUGUAUGGCGAAUAAGGUGUAGAUUAUUUUGUAUCAUAGAUGGAUAUCGAGGUCGGUGAAGUUUUUGGAGAGAUUUCAUGUAAAUUUACCUCAGGCAUUCGCGUGAAGUAUUCUUCGCCCUUUUGAUAUUAGCUGCUGGUCAUUUUCUGGUUGACAUAAA